AUGGGUGCAAGAGGCCUUCUGGGUUGCCUCCUCAUCAUCACUGCUUUGCUCAGCUCAUCACAUGCUGGGCUUGUGAAGAAAAUCCUACGGCAUCGACGGCAGACUCUUAUGCCCACAAAUGAACACAACCUCAGCCUCCCCAUUUCAAACCAUCCUGUGGUUUUCAAUCAUGUUUACAACAUCAAUGUCCCCGCCAGCUCUCUGUGCUCAGUAAAUCUGGACUCUCCGGAGAGCACGCAACUGCUCCCCAAAGAUGCCCCAGCCUCUCCGGACCAUCAAGCCACUGAGCACACAUUGGAUGGUGAGAACCAGAUCGUCUUUACCCAUCGUAUCAACAUACCACGGCGGGCCUGUGAAUGUACAGAUGACCUUCCUGGCCUAAAAGACCUCAUGAGCCGACUGGAGAUGCUUGAAGGAGAAGUUUCAGCGCUGAGAGACCAGUGCAGUAUCGAUGCGGGCUGCUGCAGUGUGCAGGUCACAGGUAGGUGUAGAGUUCGUGUCAUUUAUGAGUAUUUAGAUCACAGACAUCGAGGUCAAAUAAUCAUUUAUUUUCCUCAAGAGCUUCACUAAGAAUCCUCCUUAAACUCAAUCAGUCCUCCUCAGUAUGAGGACAUCUGUUCCAUUCAUUUGCUGAGGAGCUCUGUGGAAUUUCAUGUGUGGGUUUGAUACUCCCAACAACUCUGUUACCUUUUGAAUGGGGCUUUGUGUGGCUUAGAUGACACAGUCACUGAGUAUCAGUUACAGUAAGAAAUCUUUUAUUGUACUUGCUGACCUUUUAGGAGAGUUUACAAAUAACACAACCAUGAAGCAAUUUGAAUCUAUUUCACAAAUGCACUGAACUCCUUAACUUGUCCAGACAUUACCGUGAGGGAUAGUGUUGUAUCAUUCAUGAACGAUUUGUUCAAAAGAACCGAAUCUUUUCAAUAAACAUACUGAACCGAAUCACUUCCUCGAGUGAUUCAGUUGAGCUGAAGUGAGAAACAGUAUUGCCAGUCGAGCAGCUGGCAAACGAGGGACUCAAAUGACCAACACCUGAAUCAUUUGGUGAAUGAAUCACACAGUGAACUACACUCUCUGGAAUCAUUUUUGUCAGACAAAACUACCCUUUUUUUUACUGCUAAAUUGCCACCACAACAACCUGCAUAGGGAACAUGCAAGGGAAUGGUGCAUGUUCAGUUUGAAUUCUUCUAAACGUUGAGUGAACGAAUCACUCACUGAGCCCAAUUUACCGAGCAGACCUGAUAAAUAGCAUACCAAAGGACAGAACACUUAAAACAUCAUGACUUAUAAACAAGUUCAUUUUUACAAACCUGUUUGCCAAAACAACACAGCCAAACACUCUCGUCUCCCGGUCCCAGAAACUAUGAAUUGAACUGAAUCCUGAAACGUUCAGCUGUGUAUCAGUUCAGGAGGUCGGGGUCGCGGGCUUCUCACGUCAGGCGCUACAUGAUUCGGUGAUUUAGUGAACGAAUCUUUUGAACUAAUCUUUUUUGUGUGCUGAUUCUAGUGAUUCAGUUCAUCUAAAAGAACUGCCGUGCCCGUCACUACUGAGGGACUCCCUGUGAGAAUGAAAAUAUCUAAACUUAAACAUCCUACUGCCCUCCCUAGAUUUUGUUUGGACAAGUUUUGACUCAACCAAAUACUGUAAAGUAAACCAAAUACUGUGAAGUGAAUGUCAAUGAAUUCACAGUAAGCAAAUGAUUGACUUGGUUGAAGUGCAGUCUCUCCGUACACUUUUCUUCCAUCUGUCUAAUAUUCCUUUCUCUUGAUGGUGUUUCUGAUUCAUUAGGCAUUAUCAGGACAGAUCCAGUCAUUUCACAGGCCAAGUCCUCCCUUUUUCUCCUUCUGCAAGGUCUUCAGAGACAGCAUCUGUUCCCUAAACCUCAUUCAUCAUAUUCAGUCGUUGGGGCUACAGUUCAAAGGAAUUUCUCCUACUGUGUGCUACAUGUGUUGAAAGACAGCUCUGGACAAUGUCCAGAUUUUAUUCUCUAGAUCCUGAAAUUUGGAAAAUAAAUUAAAUGUCUCUCUUGCAGUCAGAUAAUACAACAGAAUCAACUUAAUUUGUGGAAAAUAUUAUGGCGAGCUUGGCUGUGAGGUCUGGAAGAAGAAAAGUGCAUCCAAUCAAAGGACGUAACCCUACCUAAAACUUUAAUGUGUUAUUUUAAGUCAUAUUACAGUCAGAACCACUUUAGUCAAAGAGCAUUGAUUAGUUGCAUGCAUUAAGUUAUAUUUGGCAGUAUGGCUCUCCUCUAAAAGCUCCAUUCCACAUGCACAUGUAGGAUGCUAAGACUGUAGCAAGUAGAGCACUCCUCCACUUUCUUUCAUGUGCAUACUUUAAAAGAUAUGGCAGGGAGAGUAGCAGCAAAGACCCUGUUGUAGAGAGCAAAGAGUAGCUGGGAAUUCGACACUAGAAAAUCAGACACAGGAUGGAAAAGGAGGAGCUGGUGUAGUUUUCAAAAAAGCAGGAAGAGUGGAAGGUAAUCUGCUGCACUGUCAGGUAAUAAAAUAGUUUAACUAGGGUGACCAUAUUCUGAAUCCCCAAAAAGAAGACACGACUAUGCCGGGGCGGAGUCACAGAGUCGCGCGUAGUUAAUUUUGAGAACUCUAACUCGCGAAGUCCACACGACACAAACUCAAAUCUUUCAUACAAAACUCUGCACAUUUGAAGGAUUUUAUAAACUUCCCCAGACAAAGCUGGACAGCCCGCAAAAGAGAGGACAUGUCCAGGUAAAUGGUCACCCAAGUUAAGCUGAUGUACUGCGGGCUGAGCUUGACCAUGUGGUCUGUCUAAACUGACACUAUGCUCUAUUUUUGUUAAAUGUUAAAGGUUUCUUUAAAAAGGUAAAUCAAUUAUUCAGAAAAAAGUGCCAUAUCACAGCAAUACAACUUAAAACUUUGAAAUACAUCCAGACAAAAUACACUGAAACAAAACAUCAUUGAUGGAAAUUAGGCAAAGACAUCUAAGUGUAAAAUUAUGACCUGGUAAAGAUGCGUCAUCUUUGCAUGAGCUGUUUUAAGCUCCAGUUGUUUCUGUGGUAUCUUGUUUGAGGAGCAACAAACCGUUUAGCAGGGUUGAUAGUGGAUCUAUGUAUCUUUAAAUAACACACAGCCAGAUGUAUUUUUCCUAAGUGCAAACUGUAAAUCAUACUGUAUUGUACUUGUAUUAUUCCUCAUCUAUCGCUCCAGAAUGUUGCUCUUAUGAAAUCUUUUCAAGCUGAUCUUAAGGCAAAAAAAUCCUCCAAACUGGCGUUGAUUUAUUCCACAAUAAGGCUCCAACAUACCACAGAAAUUCUUUCCACAAGACUCUGUUCUUGAGUUGUUAAACCAACAAGUCAUCAACACAAAAUGUCAUGACUGUCUUAUAACAGGUGACGUAGGAACUAGGCCUUUCUGCAACGGUCAUGGAAACUACAGCACUGAGACCUGUGGCUGUGUGUGUGAGCCCGGCUGGAGCGGACCCAACUGCACCGAAUCAGAGUGUCCCAACAACUGCCAGGACCGCGGCCGCUGCGUGGACGGAAAGUGUGAGUGCUUCAAAGGCUUUAGCGGAGAGGACUGCACACUGGAGGUCUGCCCUGUGGACUGUGGCGAGUAUGGCCGGUGUGUGGGAGGUAAAUGCCUCUGCUCUGAUGGUUACUUCGGCGAAGACUGCUCUGAAACCAAGUGCCUCAACAACUGCCAAGGCCGCGGCCGCUGUGUGGAUGGAGACUGUGUGUGUGAUGAACCCUGGACCGGCUUUGACUGUAGUGAGCUUAUCUGCCCCAAAGACUGCUACGACCGUGGACGCUGUGUGAACGGCACCUGCUACUGCGAUGAAGGAUUCACCGGGAAGGACUGUGGAGAACAAACCUGUCUCAACAGCUGCAGCGGAAACGGCUUCUGCGUGGAUGGUCGCUGCGACUGCAUCGCUGGUUAUAGAGGAGACGACUGCGCCAAGCUCGCCUGCAUCAACGACUGUAACGACAGGGGAACCUGCUUCAACGGGCUGUGUAUCUGUGACACCGGUUACCAAGGCGAGGACUGCAGCCAGCUAGCGUGUCUGAACAACUGCAACCACAGAGGCCAGUGCAUCAACGGACAGUGCUCCUGCGAUGUCGGAUUCCAAGGAGACGAUUGUGCCGAGCUUUCUUGUCCGAGCGACUGCCUGAGCAGAGGCAGGUGUGUUAACGGCCAGUGUGUGUGCGAGGAGGGCUUCGCUGGCGAGGACUGCAGCAUCAGAACCUGCCCCUCAAACUGCUACGGUCGUGGCGAAUGCAUCGACGGACGUUGCGAGUGUCACACAGGGUUCACAGGUGACGACUGUGCCGAGCUGAGCUGCCCUAACAACUGUCAAAACCGCGGGCGCUGCAUAGACGGUCAGUGUGUCUGCGACGAAGGUUUCACCGGGGAGGACUGCAGUCAGAAAGCGUGUCUCAACGACUGCCUGGGCCGUGGUUACUGUGUCGACGGGAAGUGCGUCUGUCAGGAAGGCUAUUCAGGAGAUGACUGCUCGGUGCUCUCCUGUCCGAGCAACUGCAACAACAGGGGGCGCUGCGUCAAUGGGAAGUGUGCAUGUGAGAGUGGAUAUGAAGGAGAAAGCUGCUCAGAGCUGAGCUGCCUCAACAACUGCCAGGACAAAGGGCGCUGUGAGAACGGCCAGUGUGUCUGCGAUGAGGGAUACAUCGGAGAGGACUGCUCAGAAGGUAAGACGCUCUUAUAAGAAAGUCUUCACCAAGGCAGCAGCAAGAAUUUCUUUUUAUACUGAGAUAGACAAGCAAGGGACCAAGUAAAUGUUGCAUUAGUCGAUAAAUCAGCAGCAAUUAAGUAUCUAACUUUUGCAUAUAUGCUGGUCAAAUGAAUCUUAAUCCUCAUUUUAAAUAUAUCCAAGCAUAUGACACACUCUGAGUCAAGGUGACCUUAUAGCAAAGACCAAGAUGGUGGAGCACAGGCAUUGAAAUGUGUUGUAAGAAAGACAGAGUGAAUUCAAGGAAUGGAAGAAAUCAGUUUGUGUAGUUUAGUCUGAUAAAGGAAGAUAUACGGAUUCUACGGUGGCCCUUUUGUAGAUUAGCUACACAAACAUUUUAUGACCCCAGAAAUAUUUUUAAAAAAGCAAAAACAUGAAAUAUUUUACAAAACACAGGAGCAUUUUGCAUCAUUCAUCACCAAAUACAGUAUUUCAUUCAACUUAAAAGACAUUCAUGAUAGAGAAAAAAAAUCAUGAAUCUAUGCUAAAUAGAUAGUUUAUUAAUGUUUAAUCAUCAUUUAAAAACAGCAUGUAGACCAAUUAUAAAUGGCAAAUAGAUUGUUUAUUAAUGUAAGUUAAUAGUUACUUUACCAUUAACAAGCAAUAAAAAUUAUGAUCAAUCAUUUUCAUUAAUUAUUAAUGGACUAUUUAUUAAAGGUUUAUAUAGUGUUUAAAUAUUGGUUGUAAAACAUCUAGAUUAAAAUGUGUCAGUAGCAUUUUGUAAAUGGUUAAUAUUUGGUUUUUAAAUGAUCUAUAAACAUUACUUAGAUGUUUGUUGUAAAGUUGCAACUGAUGUUUGUAAUACUUUGUAAAUGAUGAAUAAGUGUUUUAUAAACCACCUGUAAACAUUACUUAGAUGGUUAUUGUAAAGUUAGGGUUAGGUUAGGGUUAGGUUUUUAAAAUUGUAACAUUUACAAUUUAUAAAUGGUCUAUAUGCUAUUUAUAAAUGAUGAUUUAACAUUAAUAAACUAUCUGCUUUCCAUUUAUAAAUGGUCUAUUUAACAUUUAUAAGUUAUGGUUAUUGUAAAGUGUUGCCAAAAACAGAAAGAAUAACAUCUCACUAUUUAAGAACGUAUCACAGUGCUAAAAAAUAGGCCAUCAAAGUGAAGACUACUUUUUCUCUGUUCUCUGAAUGACACACUGGCUGGACUUAGAUAAGAAUAGAUAACUCUGUUCAGUUCACUGCAGUAACACUAAAAGAGGAACUGGCAGUUCAGGAGUCCUGAAUGUUUCCAUGUGUCAGCUCGAUGUUCUAUAAAAGCGCAUACAAAGUGAUGUAAUUUCCUCCCAUUCUCACAGUUCACUCACCAAACAUCUUCUAUUCUUGUGAAUAUAAAAAAAAGCCUUAAAGUUUGUGAAUCGCCGUCGUCUGCACUAUGUUCGCACAUAUUCUUGGCCGGUCUUCAUACCGCAGCCAGAUGUUUUUCUGGAGUUUGCAUCAGCUCUGCAUGGUGGAUCGAGGGUAUGAGAGAGCGUCCAACACAACGCCCACAGUUGUUUUCUUUGCUGUCUUUCCUUUCCAGUGUCUCCUCCAAAAGACCUGACCGUCAGCGAGGUCACCAGCGAAACAGUGGACCUGGCCUGGAACAAUGAAAUGCUGGUGACUGAGUACCUGGUGACGUUUGUGCCCACCAGACCAGGUGGUCUCCUCCAGGAGUUCACCGUAUCAGGAGACAAAACCGCCGCCACUGUAAAAGAGCUUGAACCUGGACUCGAGUACCUGAUCAGUGUGUACGCUGUCCUCAGCAACAAGAAGAGUGUCCCUAUUAGUGCCCGGGUCGCCACAGGUACAUCAGCUGUCUCUGAAUUAAGAACAUUACCUCCCUGAGAAGUGCUGGAAGGAUUUUUACUUAAAGGGAUAUUCUGGCAUAAAAUUCAUUUAGGGUCAAACACACUGUAACACUGAGUUAGACACCCCCUCGAGAGAUAAAAGUUGCAGACUGCUUGCUUCUCCAGUUUUACCAACUUAAGUAACGACCGCAGGAUAGCAAUACAUAGCAGUCUUAGGAGCCAUAAACAAACCUCAACCAAAACGCCACUCUAUAGCCACAAAUAAUGCUCAGAACAGAACCUAACUUCAUCAACAGUACAUAUAGGGUCCCAGCCAUAGUACUCGCCACCAAACAUCUUUUUAGCUUUGGCUGAUUUCUUCAGCAAAGAGACUGAACGCAACUCACCUACACUCUUCCAGCAGCCGCUUGUUUGUAGAGAGACCUCAGGCCAGUCCAUUACGGACUGCUGCGGGGUGACGCAGCUCAAGGAAGAACAUUUAUGAUCAUUUCUUUAUCAUUUCCCUUGAAGUAAUAAUCACCAUAUUCAUCAUUUUGCACUGUAGACGCGUUAGUUCUUCUGCGUUUCAGUCUGAUUGCAUUUCCAUGAAGUAAUGUGUACUGUUGAUCAAGUUAGUUGCUGUUCUGAGCAUUAUUUGUGACUAUCGAGAAGCGUUUUGGUUGAGGUUUGUUAGUGGCUCCUCAGACUGCUGUGUAUUGCUGUCCUGCAGUUGUUACUAAAGUUGGUAAAACUAGAGAAGUAAGCAGUCGGCACCUUUUAUCUCUCAAGGGGGUGUCUAACUCGGAGUUACGGUGUGUUUGACCCUAAAUUGAUUUUACGCCAGAAUAUCCGUUUAAUUGAACUUAAUUGAAUAAAUAGAAGACGUAGAAAGUACAAGACAAUAUAUGCACCUAAAACUUUGAUUUCUUUGAACUUGCAGCCAGAACAUCAAAGGAAAAAAGCUAUCUGUGGUAAUAACUUUUUUUGUUUCCAUCCGUCCAGCUCUCCCACAGCCGGAGGGUCUUAUAUUCAAAUCGGUGAGGGAGACCUCGGUGGAGGUGGUGUGGGACCAGCUGGACUUCCCCUUUGAUGGCUGGGAGAUCUAUUUCCGCAACAUGGUCAGUUUGCUGCUGCUUGAAGGCUUGCCUUGGAUUUUAUUAACCGACAGGGGAAAAAGUGAGAGGUGAUAAGCUAUGCCUGCUUAUUGGAAGUCUCAGCAAAAAAACAUGGAUUUAUUUCAUCACAGACCAUUAAAAUUGCUUUGACGUAUGGAAAACCUCAUUGAGGGCAAGUUCUGGAGCUGCGGGCAAAUCCACCGCCUUAAAUCCACCGAGCCAGGAAUUCCGUGAAAGUAAACGACUGUGCCAGCUGAUAAGUUUCGCAGUUGCUGCAGAGUUUGUGUCACUUUUUUGAUGUGUUGUCCUUUCUUGAACUUUUUAUUAACUUUGAUGAUUGGCUGUGUGUGACAUCAGUUCUGUCAGGAUUGUGUUGUUCUGGUUAUCAGUCCUCGAACACAUUUUCUGUGCUGCAUUAGAUGACAACUCUUAUGUAAUGCAUACUUAUGUGUCAUCAGAGCUCAGUUUGCUGCAUGCAGCACUGCUGUAGAAGUUUUGAAACUUUACUUCUGAAGUGUCAUGGUGAUUAGACACUUUUUUCUUUCCUUUUUUUAUGCACAGAUGCAACCGUUCAAGUCCCUAAACCUGUACCUGGACUUGUAUUCCUCAAUGUGAAGAUGAGAUUGAGAAUCACGUCUCCAGAUAUCUGUAGAGAAGCUCAUCCCUGCAACAUCUGUUCCCUCAGUUUCACAAAGUUAUUUAUGGGAUAGUAAACCCUUCCUGGGUUUCAAGUGUUCAGUUGCACAGCAGAGUCCCAGGUUUUCAGUGACUCGCAGGGGUGUCUUGUCCAAACUCAGCAGACAUUAUCUCAACAUUUUUUUACUUUCAGAUAGGGCUGGGUGAUAUGGCCUCAAAUCAAUAUCACGAUAUAUUGAUCAGUUCACCUCGAUAAUGAUAAAUGGACGAUAACUACUCCACAAGCUGUUCACCCCCUCCCACAUGAACUUCGUCUUCUUCAGCCACUUCACUUUUGAACCAUCCUCCAUCUCCUCACCUGUCUUUCCCUCUUUGUUACGGACUGGAUGGGGUGGAGUUUAUGUCUUUGAUGUAGGACAGCGUCUUAAAGGGACAUGUGACCAUAGCCUACCUACACACAUCCAAAACCAGUUCCUCAUGUCUUACAAUGUCAUGAGGUACUUUGUUUCGGCUGCUGCUUUUGUUUGGUUGAACUCAUGUUCCUUGAAAUGAUGAUUUUGAAGAUGCUUGAUUGGAUUGGUUGGUUAGCUUUGGACCAAAGAAGUCCAAAUACAUGCCUAAUAUACAGAGGCUGUACCUCACAGGGAUGGCCUGGGUUCGAUUCAAGCCUGCAGUCUCCUUCCUGCAUGUCAGAAAAAAAAGAAAAGAAGAAAAAAAAAAACUUUCAGUGUAUUUUAAUGACACCAAAUACACAACAGGUUUUACAGGGAAAAAGACAGAAAAAUAUAAAGAACUAAGCUCCCUGCAUACCUGCUGCAGGUCUCCACUUAACGACAUGUCUGUGUUGGUUGUUGUUACUCUGGCUACAAAUCACAAGAGGCUGUGCCAGCUCCAACAACUGAAGCUGUAAUCCAGCUUUGACUUCAUAUCUAUAAAAGUAGAUAAUACAGUGCUGUUAAUGUUCUCUGGACUUUUUAAGGAGUUUUGGAACAAAUCUAGUCUGUAAGAAAUGUUAAUCUAACUUAAAGCUGGAGAAGUCAGUCUGAUGACUUUCCUGAACUUGAUCUCCAAACUGUUUACUCUUUGCAUUGCUAUAUCUAUUAUUUGUUUUUACAGAAGGAAGAAAAUGGAAAAGUGUUGAGCACCCUCCCAUCAGCUCAGAACCAGUUUGUCCAGUCAGGCCUCGGACCGGGACAGGAGUAUGAAGUCUCCAUCAACAUCAUCAAGAACAACACCAGAGGACCCCAAACCUCCAAAAAAGUUACAACCAGUGAGUUUCAGCCUGUAAAAAACACUUUUUAUAGAGUUAAGUGGUGGCAUUACUGAUGGUUAAAAGCAACCGUCUGGCACUAAAUAAUCAUUUCAAAUGGUUUGUAAUUUUCCUGCUCUGCCUGAAUAUCGAACAAUUACAGAGGAGGAAAAGUACGUUAAUGUCAGAGGCAGAAAUUCCAUAAUGAAAAGAGGAGGAACAGCAGGAAAUCCCCGCCGGCUCGCCGUAGUUCCAGCGAACACAUUCAUGCUGUAGCGUAAUCACUCAGGCUCACUGAAUCUCAGUCUAGCAUGACUGUGUAAUAGCUUUGUUUUCACGUCCACUCAGUCUUCCUCUUAACUCUGUCUGUUGCCUGACUCUAGGUUUUAUUGCAGUGUUACUCCAUACAUUACUUUGUGAAAGGCUUCCAGUUUCUUAUGCAAUCGAUAUAACAUGCCAGGCAAAACUGCUUUCAUUGUGCAUGGAAAAACCAUCGACUUUACAAGUCUCUGCCGUUGGAUUCCCUCUGGGUCUCACACCAUCUCAUGUCUGAAAUCAUUUGUUUGUGCAGGCUAAGGUAGACCAAGGUCCUGAAAUGAAUGAUAGGAAUAUAGUUAUACUAUGUGCAGCUUCUAGCCCCCGGAGGAUGUCUAAUCAAGCCUCAAAUAUGUGAAGAAAAGACGUUUCCUCUGUGUGUAAAACUCUGGAAAUUUGUCAGGUAGUAAACACAACUUGGGAAAGAAAAGGUAAACGCAUAAAGUUUCAUGACAGCCAUUCCUGUGCGGUUCAAGUUAUGGCUUUGUCUUAUGAGGGAGCCAGUUUGAGUCUUACAGUCCAGUUUUAUCAUUAACAUGUGCGACAUGUAAAGAAAGGUGGUGGGAGAGCUAAUGUUUGGACUUACACCUGUGUAAGUCAGAGAAGUUUCCAGGAUACUUGUCUUUUCUUGACUCAUUUGGGAAUUAAAAACUUUCACUGUAGGAAUUAAUAUUAAGUCUGCCAAUGAUGUUGAAAUAUCUGAAGUAGAUGUGAAGAUCUUUACAGAAGUUAUUGUAGUUUAGAUGAAAUCUGGAAACGUGCAGUUUUAAGGUAACAGCCUGCUGGUCUCUAAACAGAUCAUUGAAUUAGUGUCAGGAUUGAAGUGACAGAAACCAUGUUUGGUUUAAAAUGUGUUUGUUUCAUAUUCCAUCUGUUUACAUGGAGGAGGGUUAUAGUUCAGCCAGUUAGCAGGGGAAGUGUGAAAUGUUUUGACUCAUCUUUUCAUACAAUCAAAGAUCCAAAGGUUGAUAAAAAGGUCUGGAAGCAUCUCUUAACUCACUUAUAACGCCAUAAUAUAACACUGAGUUUUUUUCUCUAUGGUAUCAGUUGCAACAUGAUUGAAAUAAAUCCUGGAUGGGUACAGUGGUUGUUAUUGAGAGGUCUCCAGACAAGUAAGAGAGACGCGAGGAAGUAAUUGUGGUCAUAUAACCGUAACCCAACUUUUAUUUUAUAUUACAGUACCAGACGGAGAAGACAUCAGGUUAAUUUGAAGAAAUCUCAUAUUAAACAUUCAGUUUCUGUGCCCAUGACUGAGCUGGUUAUGGGAAAGGAAAGUUAAAUGACCUAAUGAGUUGGUCAGCAAAUGAUUUUUCUCUAGCAUCAAUCCUGAGAGGCUUCAGAUGCUGAUUGGAGCGAUGCUUUCAAUCUUAAUCAUAUCAGUAUUUCUGAAUGUAUUCUUGACGUACAGAGAGUGUCUACUUUUAGAGGUAGGUUUAAAAAAAGCAGAUUGUUGGGAAAAAAGUGACUUACAUUAAUACAGUUCACCCUUGGGGGAACGUAAAUACUUGAACACUGAAUAUUGUUGUCAGUUGUACCUCUUUUUGCUCAUUCAUUUCAAAUAUCUGACAAAUUGGCAGGAAAUCUGUAAUAAAAGUUGCUCUCUUUUACACGAUUCAGUUCGUUUUUGGUGUUUUCCAGAAGUAAAAAAGUGAAAAACUGUCCUCCUGUUUGAAAACUUCCACUGCUUUAAACCAAGUCCACAACGUGAAGUUUCUGCUCAGCCGUGAAGCUUUCUUUCUCAGAGCAAUCUAUUCUCACCAUCCUGUUGGCUAUCUGUUUAUUAGUCAAGCCCAUAGACUGUAUAUAGAAUGGACGCCGUCUACCUCCUUGCUGGGUGAAGCCACUCUGAGAACAGCACCCUCUGGUGACAGGCUGCAGUAUAAGUCAUAAAUCCUGCCUCUGCCAGCAAAGCUUAUGGAGCUGUGGACAAACUUUAGAAAUUAAUUAAACAGAGCAUACAAUUUUCUCCCCCCUGCUUGUGAUGUUGACAUGUAGUUACAGUAAGACUGGUUUGUGCUCAAGUCCUCUUUUUUCUGUGCAGCUCCGUUUUUAAAAGUUAUUAGGGGGUUCAUGUUUUCUAUGAUUGACACCUGAUACAGCCUAUUGGCGUUCAGGGAUUGCGUAGCUCACACGGGGGAUACGCUGUUUGAGCUGGGCGUCAUCACAGCGACUCUCAGCGACUCCCCCGCUGAAUGCGCACAAAGCUACUGUGCAAUGCUGGUUUCAGGAAAUGAAGAAAAAUCGCGGAUAUACCAAGUGCUUUUCGGCUUCAAAUCCGUAUAAUGGCGGGAGGCGGAACCGAGCUGUCCAUAGUAUAUACAGUCAAUGGUCAAGCCCAGUCACAGGUAGGUUACCAGGUAACUAACAGACCGGUUUGCAGAGACUUGACCUGGGAUAUCUCUCGAAAUAAACCAGGUUAAUUUAAAAACUAGCUAACCUCUGUUUUCACUGUCUAGAUGAAAAUGUGUCUAGUCUGGUAAUUUCACAGCCUACCUUCUCACCUUCCAGAGAUCGACGCCCCCCGGCAGGUGGAGGUGAAGGACGUUACUGACUCCUCUGCUCUGAUUGGCUGGUCUCAGCCGGUGGCUCCUGUGGACAGAGUCACUUUGUUUUAUGGGCCCAGCUCCGACCCUUCAGGUGACACCAGUGUGGAAGUUCCUCCACCAGACAAGCAGUACAGCGUUGACAAACUGAAACCGGAUACUGAGUACAGAGUGUCACUUAUAUCCAAGAGUGGGGACAUCAACAGCGAUCCCACCACGGUCACAUUCACGACAGGUAAGCGUCACAUACACGUACGCGUUUAUUUCAUGCGAAUAACAACUGUCUUUGAUUAAAGUGGUCCUGACUAAAGUGAAUAUGUCGCAGCCCUGGAUGCCCCCAAGAACCUGCAGGUUGUUUCCCAGACAGACGACAGCAUCUCUCUGGAGUGGACGAACAGUCUGGCUGAUGUUGGCAGCUAUCGAGUGAAAUACAGUCCCAUCUCUGGAGCGAGUCACGGUGAAGAUCUGUUCCCACGAGGACCGGGAGACACAACAAAAGCUUCUAUCACUGGUGAGGGUCAAGGAGCAUAAAUCAGACUUGAAUAUUCAAUUGGUCAUACGUUUGUGGUAAUUCCCCAUCUUUCCCUCUGUAUGGCAGGGCUUAAGCCGGGGACGGAGUAUGGGAUUGGCGUGACUGCUGUGAAGAAUGAGAGGGAGAGCCUUCCUGCGACUACGAACGCAGCAACUGGUGAGAAAUGCUGCCGAACAGCUGUCCAAACAGUCGUCCUUCACACCCCUUCACAAAAAAACACAGAUGGGAAAAUUUGUUGAUCCAAAUUGAGUGAUGAAAUGAAACUAAUGGGGAGAAAGUGAUUUGCGAUUUUAGCGAAGCGUGUAACAGAAGUGAUGAGAGAUUUAAAAAUAUCCCAGUGUGAAAUUUACGGUCUUUUAAACGCUUAUUUUUCUCUGCGGUCAGACAUCGAUCCCCCCACGGACUUUGAGGUAGUGGAGUCUACAGAGACCUCCCUCACCUUAAGGUGGCAGAAACCUCAGGCCAAAGUCAGCACCUACAGGCUGAUGUACGUCUCAGGAGACGGGCAGGUGGAGGAGGUGGAGAUCCCGGGCGCAGAGACCAGCCACGUCCUGUCCAACCUGACCCCAGGAAUGAGCUACAGCUUCGCUUUGGCUGCAGAGAGGGGCCACAAGAGGAGCUCACCUGUCAGACUGUCUGCAACCACAGGUGGGUAGAGAACCGUUUUACAACAUCAUGAUCAUCAAACAGAAUAAAUGAUACGGUAUGACUCAAAAGCAGGACCUAACUCGUGUAAACAUUGUUUUUAACUUCAUCAGGGCUGGGGCAAGCUUUUAUAUUGACUUAAAGUAUUCCUCCCUGAUAUCUUUUUAAAGUUUAAUUUAUAACUUAAUGUAUUUUCCAUAUUAGUUUGGCGUUAUUAAUAGGUGACGUAACCAGUGUUGAAAUCUAAAGGAUUACUUCUGCAUCACUGGGAUUUCAUGAUACUACAAUAAAGAGUUAACAGCUGAAGAUUAAUCUCUGAAAUGUUAGAUAUAAAAUGCCCUGAUGUCCUCUUCAUUUGUGCCUUUUUGUUUUUCUUGUAGCCACUUUCACAUUUUAUUUAGCUGACUCAGACGACCGUGAGCUAACGACUCCUACAGGCGCAGAGGACAAUGUCAUUAGCUUUUCAAAUUUAGACCCCUCUGAGUCCCAGUUCUCUGGGACGGAGCCUAAGGACGAGCAUGGACUGCUGACUAUUUCAGGCAUCACGCCUGAAGGAUUUGACCUCUCAUGGAAACUGAACGCUCACACUGUCUAUGAUAGUUUCGCAGUAGAAUAUAAAGACACCCAGCCAGUAUCAGACGUGAGAGAGAUUCAACUUCCUGGAGAUGCCACGGGCUCUAGAAUUGGAGGCCUAAAGGCAUCGACAGAGUAUCAAAUUAAACUCUAUGGAAUAAGCAGUAGCCAGAGAUCUGCUCUACUUGAAGCUGUUGCAGCCACAGGUAUAAGUUCACUUUUCAACCAAAUUCUCACAGAGACAGUUCGGCUUUGUUCAGACUGCAGACUCACUUUUUUCUGGAUAUAUCGGCAUUGUAUUUUGACUGAUUGAAGAGAAGUUUACCAAAAGUGCAGAUGGCAAGAAAACAGGUGAGCAGAAUUUGCAUUCAUUGUGACCACGCCAAAAUCAGUGAAGACAAAUGCAAAUCUCUCAAAUUCGAUUCGACUGCAGUCUGAACAAAGCCACAGACCCGUUUGCUUUACAUUUUUUAAUAAGUUCCCCCUUCAUUAGGAAUAUUUCUGAUGCUUAGAGGUCAAUCUGUCGCUGAAAUCAGAGUAGCUGUAUGAUUUGCAUGCGUAUUUUUAAGUCUUAGAUUUCCAAGCAAACAGUAUUUUCAUUGCAGGUGUCAACUGCACUAGAUAGAUUCACAAGAAGAUCGCUGCAUGUGUACAAAACUCAUCGUCAUCUCAUCCCAUCCGUUAUCCACUGAGGCUUCAGAGCGAUAGAAAAAAUGUUGCUUCUAAAUUUUCAAACCCAAGAAGAAAUCGGCAGUUUGAGCAGGAAAUUAAAGGACGCCGACUGUUCCGAUUUCUUCCUGCUUUUGACUUUUAAAUGCAGCAGUUUUUCCUCUUUGAAAGCCUGCGCCUUCAAUUUCAUCCUCAUCACUCAUCAUCCUCAGUCCCAUUUACACACUGAAAUUGUUCCCCGGCAGUCAAAGAAAAUUACAAGACGCAUCAGUCGCAUGUCGAGAAAGAGUCUGUCUCCAGAACAGCAGCACCAAAAUGGCUGUGCAUGGCUUCAUCAUCAGUUUGAAGAUGACUGAGUACUUCCACCUCGGUGGGCUACUCAGGAACUUCAAAUAUUAAUGGCACUGACUCAGACGCCAUUAAUGCCUCAGCUGCUGCCUGAGCCGUGACUUUGGAAAAAGUUUGAUUAUACGACAUAAGAGAAAAUGUUGAAGUAGUAAGGAAAUGUGUGCAAACUGACUGAAAACAACAGUGUGAUCUUUUAACCAGGUGUUUCCUCCACAGGUUCAUUUUCAGAUAUCAGGAGAUCCGGUAACAAAUUCAUUUAUUAACCUUCUUUUAUUCACUGUAGCAACCGAGCCUACCUCUCCAGAUGUUCUUUCACUAAGCAUCAAAAAUGCCUCAACAACCCCACAAACCACCCUGGAAACUCUUACCCCAGAACCCCAGACCACCAAGGCUCCUCCCACUGCACAGACUCCACCCAUUUCAAACACCCCUCCCAUUUCAGAGGCUCCUCCCACUUCAGAUUCUGGGGCCGAGCCUGAGAGCUCAAUCCUGGACUCAGUGGGAAACCUCACAGUCAAUGUGACCUCCACAAGUGUGAGCCUGGCUUGGUCAGCGCCUGAGGUGUUUGAUAACUUUUUGGUGGAGGUCACUGCUCAGUCGGGGGCGGCAGAGUCUAAUGUGACCUCCCUGCCAGGAAGUAUGAGGAGAGCUGAAAUUGAAGGUUUGGCCCCCUCGACACAGUAUAAUAUAACAUUACAGGGGCUGGUGGAAGGGAGGAGAUCUAUACCCCUCAAAGCUUUUGCCACCACAGGUACAUGGAGAUUCUUUAUUUUGUAGGCCUUUGUCACAAACCAUCACCACAUGCUGUUUUUAUCAUGUUUUUACUGUCCCAGGACUGCUGCAUGGUUAUUUUGUGUUCGUCAGAUGGUUCAUGUUCACUGUAUAAAACAAGUCACCCUUAUAUAUCAGCAACAUCUCCAAUUUUAUCAAACAAAUGUGAUUAUGAUGAGAAAUAAAUUAUUGUGAGGGCAAACUAUUUCAAGAAAAAGCAACUUUCACAGAAUAAUGCAACUUAAUGAGAAAACAUUUGUCCUGUUUUGUCCAUGUUAAAGUUUAAAUACUUGAGUGAGAGUAAUUAUCAGAGAAAGUUCUAGUUUUAUGAAAAAAUCCAGACAUUUUGAGAUUACACUCUCAAUUUGGAGAGAAAGUAAGAGCAUCAGUGUCAUAAUAUUUGGUGCAAAAGCUGUAAUAUUGCAAGAUUUUGUUUCUCUCUUGCAGAUAAUCCUAAAAUUCAGGACAUUUAAGUGAAAAGUCAUGACAUUAAAGAAAAAUGUAGUUUCAAUAAUAAAUCAUAUCCUAGAUAUUACAACCUCUAUUAAAAAAUGUUGGGCAUCAUCUGUCAAGUUGAAGUCAUUAAGAGUUAAAGAUAAUUAAAAUAAUCUGAGAGGGAUCUCUAAAAAUAUCUAAACCUGUAAAAAAAGAACUGGACAUUUUAAUCUAAGAGUUUGUGAAUAUGAAAGUAAUUUUUAAAAUCCAUCUUGCCAUUCAGUUGACCCCACUCUGAUCUGUCUAUCUACCAGAGGAGCUGAAGCCCAUGGUGGUGAACCUCACCAUCUCUGACAAAACAUGGGACGGCUUCACUGUGUCCUGGAGCCCCAGCGAUGGGGAGUUUGAGAGCUUUGUGAUUGAGGUAACAAACUUGGAGAAUUUCAUUGAGAGCCAGAACCUCACUGUGUCAGGAGACGCUCUCAGCCUGGGCAUUUCUGGGCUCAAUCCCAACACCAGCUACCUGGUUGGAUUGUAUGGGAUGCAUCAGGGCUCCUUCCUAGAGCCCCAGUACACUGAAGCCAUCACAGGUACCUGCAAUGUGCAGAGUUGCAGUCCUUUAAAUCUAUGACUCUCUGUCUCUUCUUUCUUAUUUUAUCUCAUAAUUUAGACACUAGAUCCACCUCAUUGUGGAGUGUCCACACCUCACUGCAUGAAAUGACAACAAAACAAUAACCUGAUUUAUCUUUUAUCACCACUCUCCAUUACGUUUGUAAUGAGGAACUGAACCGCUUCAUCUUAACCAACAUGCCAUGAACCAUUCUUUACCCUCCAGCCACUGUUUCUGUCUCGCUGAGAGAGGGCAGAGUGAUGAAAUUGCAUCACUGAGCCACUCAGAUGCCCCCUCAAAUGUUCACCCUUACACCCCCGAACUGCACCCUUACAUCCCAGUUACCAGAGUGCAUGAAGCCCCCUCCCCCCUCCAUACCCUCCCUUGCAUCGUGGUAAGGUUUGACGCUGAUGUGCUGCAAUGAUUGCAAAAGCAAAUCCAAUAACUUUCACUCACACACGCCUGUCACACCAUGACAGCGUGACCAUCUCAUUUCAUCCCAUCACCCGUCAUUCAGUGUGUAAUCGAUUAACCUUGAAGGGAUCAUUUGCCCGUGGAUGUGUCAGUGCUGGCGUGAGUUUUAGUGACAGUUUUGAUUAAUGACACAAUUUUGUCAAUUUGGAUUGUUGAGUUUCACAAUUUUGAUGUUUAAUUUGGUUGAUUCUGAUUCUCCUGAAACGUUAACAUAAAUAUACUCAUUUCCCUCUGAACUGUUAGGUGGCAAAUGAUUAGAUCCUCUUGUCAUUAUCAAGGUAAAGAGCUAAUAACAUGAUCUUAGGUUGAACAGCAAACUUGAAUGAUGCCUAAACAGUCUGCUGCAUGUUUCUAUGCAUCCAAAAUAAUCUCAUUGCAUGAAAAAGGAAUUAAAGUUUCUCUCUGCAGCUUUCUGGGAUUGCUCUGGUGCAACAUUUUGCAGGAUAGAUCUUGUCCUCUUUGUUACCAGAUGGAUUGCAUGAUCAGAAUCUACUUUUACUUGCAUGAAACAGACAAAUUUUUGUUAAUCUCAGACAUAUUUCAACACUUGAAAAAACAUUUUAAAAACAUUCAGGUCAGAAUUAUUCAGCUGAGGGCUUCUUUUUAAUUCUUGGCUAUACAUGUUAUCAUGAAGGAAAUAGGCAGUUGGUUAAGUAAUAAAACUGCUAAGUUAAUACUUUUAUAUAUGCAUGUAAUUAAUCUUUCAUUAAGAUACCAGGCUGUCAAGAAUUGAAAAUGGGUGGUGGUGAGUUUCUAAUAACACUUUACUGUUUAUUAUAAUUAGAGCCUGACUGAUAAUGCAGAUAAUAACUGGAUCUGUCAUAGAUAUUUCCUCGAAGUACGCUAUGAUACAAUAUAAUGUAGGGCUGCAGCUAUCUUUCAUUUUAGUAAUCAAGUAUUCGACUGAAUAUUCUAUCGAUUACUCGAGUAAUCGGACCCAAACGGCAGACUCACAUUCAGUGAGAUCUCCUAUGUCACAAAUCCAAGCUAUAACCCCAGAACCCUGCUAUGAAGGCCAGACUCGGAGAGAUAGAGGACGAUCGUGGAACAAGUGUGAGCGUUAGCCGAUUGCAGUGAUCGUAAGAAAGCUAAUUAUGAUAUUAACUUUCAUCAUGUCCCUAAAGACAUUAGUGUUCGAAAGCUGAGUAGCUCCUAUGUUACCUGCCACUUCUACUUCACCAGCAAUUUUGAGCUACAAGUUAGCAUGAAGAGGAGUGUGCAGAGCAGCGCUCUCUCCGCCAACGACUCCGAGGCGAAGUGCUAAUGAUCUAGUGGAGCUCUGCAGAAGAAAAGCCCCUCUCAUAAUUCAUUUUUUCCCUCUGCAAAACCAAAACGGUGCCUACUCCUCGUUCUAUUGUGGUGACGUAAGCGCAUCAUGUCACCUUGAAAACAAUCUGUGCGAAACAGUAACGAUUUGAGCUUAUAAAGGAGUACUCAAAAAUUCCUCGAUCACCAUUUGCAAUCCAGGUACUCAAGGUACUCGAGGAAUCGUUUCAGCCCUACUAUAAUGCUGUAAUGAUAUUUUAGCAUUCCAUACUAUACAGUUAAAUAGUGUACAGUACUCCAAAUUUGUUACUCUCAUACCAUAAAAUAUGAUACAAUAUACAAUGUGUUUAUAAACACAUACAAUACAAGAAGAAAUUAAGCAAUACAAUAUGAAAUGAUACAAUACAAUAGGAUACACAAAAAUACAAUACAUUACAGUGUGAUACAAUGCAAUACAAUAUGAUACAGGAUAAAGUGAUACACUUUUUUCCUAUGGGAAAUUCAUCCACUGAUCUGCUACUCAUACUAUACUUUCCUUACACCAGUACCAAUAAUUAAAAACACUUUUAGCUAAUAAAGUCACAUGCAAACAGAGACACACAUAAAUCAAACAGAGUAAAUUGCACAUCACCAUAUUGCACAAAAUCAGACCAAAUGAGAGAACGAUGGAUCAGGACACUAUUGCACAAGCAAAAAACAAUCCAGGCAUGAUUUAGAAAUGGUGUCACAAAGUGUUUUUUUUAUUUCAGCUGCAUUUACUGAUAUCAGAAAAUGAAGUAAAUUUUGAUUAAAACUGCAGUCUUCAGAGUUAGUUUGCAUCACAGUUAUUGUGUAAAUUAUGUGCAAAAAGAUUAUUCCACCGUAUUGAUAAUGUGUGUAUUUUUCCCAACAAAAACAGUUUUAAUAAUCCCAUAUCAGUCGGGCUCUAAUCAUCAUCACAACUAUAACUAGCUUGCAAUUCUUGGUUCUGUCAGAAGUAACAUAUCAAAUCCUAAUAAUGGUUUCUCUCUUCAGUGAAUCAGCCACUGCUUGGCAAACUAUUUAUCUCAAACUUGACGUCAGAGAGCUUUGCAAUCCUCUGGAAUGGAACUGAUGGAGAACUAGAUGGUUUUAUUCUGGAGAUAAUUGACUCUGAUUGGCUGAUGGAGCCACAGGAAUAUAACUUGUCCCACACUGUAAAGUCCUAUGAAAUCACAGGGCUCAGGCCCAGCACUGAUUAUAUAGCCUACCUCUAUGGGACAUACAAGGGAUCCCGAACAAGAGCUGUCAGUGCGGUUGCAUCAACAGGUAUUUAGAUUUUUCAUAUUUGUCAUACUAAAACAGCAGGGCUGAAUAUGAUAUUCUGAUAUUACUUAUAGAUUAUCUUCAGCUCUUUAAGGUUAAAAGUGGAUUUAGAUUAAAAUACAAAUUCAUGCUCCUUAUUUGUGUAAACAUUUGUCGUAUUUUUCUCCCCCCCUUUAGCUAAAGAGCCUGAUUUGUCCAGGCUAGUUGUUUCUAACAUUACCUCAGACAGAUUUUCUCUGUCAUGGCGGACAGGAGAAAAGGCCUUUGAUAACUUUAUAGUAGAAGUCAGAGAGUCUGCUUUGCCCUCGCAGGCAAUGGGGCGCACCCUGCCUGGAGAUGUGCAUUCAACAGUCAUGGUUGGGCUCAAAGCGAGCACACGCUACAACGUAAAGCUUUAUGCCAGCGUUGGCGGCCAGAACACACAGCCCUUGUUUGAUGUAGCUACAACAGGUAUCACAUUACACGCAUUUUUAUCACAUGUGCAAACCACAAUUCUGAUCUGCCAGCACAACCUGACUAAAAAGCCCUCUUCUUUUUUUUUGUUCAGAGGAUGUCCCACUGUUGGGGCCCAUAGCUGCUUUGUCCACGAGCCCACAUAAUCUCAGCGUGUCCUGGAGCACGGUGUCAGGCCACUUUGAUGGCUUUGUUAUCCGGGUCAGUGACCCAGAGCAGCAGUCUGAUACGCUGGAGUUCAGACUGCCGGGCGAGGCCCGUAACUUUACCAUCUCUAACCUGAUGGACGCCACAGGCUAUGAUAUUGAGCUAUAUGGUAUAUCUCAUGGGCGCCAUACUCCCUCUGUGUUAGCCCACACCGUCACAGGUAUUAUGUAUUUUACUCACAUCUGAAACUCUCAUCUCUCGUAAAUGGAAACCAUGUGUGCUUUUGAAUUCUUCAGAGGUCUUGUAUCAAAACUUUUAAUAGUCCAGAGCACCUUCCGCUCAAUUUGCCAGAACAGCUCUUUUCAAAGCUUUGCACAGAUUUGUUAUCAGCAGAUUUAAAGCUGAAACACAUUAUGGGUAGAUUUGACAUGCAGCAUUAGCACCUACUGUUUUCACAACCUGGAAGUAUUCCUUAUUCAUGGAACUCUAUGAGCUCUUAGCUCGGCCUCUGCAAACCAGUUCAGCUUGGUUCAGUGUUUUUAAUUUUCCCAGGGGGCAGCACUGCAUCAGAAGUGCCUCUGAAAGUGAAUAGACCUCCAACCAGAUUGACGUAUUUAUGUUGUCAUUAAUUUAAGUAUGAUGAUUGAAGUAUUUGUAAGUAAAUGUGCAGAACGUAGAGUAUUAAUUUGAAAGACCAAAGAACCUCAAAAAUAUUACAUAAGGAAACAUACUUUCCACUCUGGAUUAGGAGCUCAGUUUUCACUUCAGUCUAAUUUUAGUUUAGUUCUCUUUGUCCAAACUUUCUUGGACAGUUUUGUUACAGUUUUAAAGGAAAAUAUUUCUCCCGGUUUUAAGUUUUCAGUGAGAAGAAAGAACACUUUUAGUCCUCUUGGCUGAAAUGAAUUUCUAAAUUUUUCUUCUCAGAUGUCACAAGGAAAAAGUUGAGUGUCCAAAAAUCAUUAUAAAAGUCUAAUAGUCUCUAUUCAGAGAUCCAAAUCCUGCAUACACAAUCAGUAUUUUGGUCUAUAGGUUACCUUAUACCGACCAGCAUGGUAAACGCUGACAGUAAUGUAUUAGGUGAGUUUUGUGAACAUUAAGUUUAAAGAACUAUCGUGUAGUAAAACAUCUAAUCAUCUUACGACAUUGUGAUUUACCUGGACAGACCCUGCAUGGUGCUUCUUCUCAAGUGCUGGGUUACUUGCCUCCAGAACAUUUUGCCCUCGUUUGGGGUGGAUGUCUCUAAAAAGCAUCUCCAUCAGUCAUCUCAGUUUAUAGUGAGGCACUUAUGUUGCCACGUGUUAGCUCUGUUAGGCUGCAAACAGACUUCUUGCCUCAUGCAGCAAUGCCUCAAAAAUUAUCCAGUGACAUUGAGAAGAUGAAUAAAGGCAGUGAGAAUUUGUUUCUGGUUUUCUGCUUGAACAGAGCCUACUAUUAAGUCUAGCCACAAAUGUUUCUCAACGUAGACUUAGCCAUAGUUUUCCUUCUCUGUUUUUUUAGGUCAUUGUCUCUGUUUGGUAAUGAAAUAUUAGCCCAUCAUUAAAUACUUCCUGUCAUUUUAUUUUGUUGACAAAAUUGACUCUAACUCACUCCUUUUUCGUUUUUGUAUUUUUUAGUUUUAGGGUCCAGAUAAAAAGCUUGGAACUGUAGCUUAGGAAGCGUAUAUACAUAGUUGUUCGAGCAGCGUAUAAAUCGGUGUGAUGCAUGACAAAUUUACCCUUUAUGUGUUUUGGACUAAAAUUUUCUAAUAAAUUCUGAUCAAAUGUUCUGGCCUGCAGUGAUCCGAGGAAGUAAACAUAUUUUAUGAUUUGCUUUUGCAACCAUUGCAGACAUUAUCCUCAUAAUAAAAUCUUGUUCCCUCUCCCACAUGUGUCCACCCUUAAAAAAAUCAAACCCGCUUCCUCCCAGCGCCUCUGCCCAAAGUGGAAAGCGUGACCAUUUCCAACAUAACCCCCUACGGCUUCAGAGUGUCAUGGGAGGUGAAGCAGCAGCCACAGGAGGACUUAGCCCCCUCUAGUGGUGGCUUCAGACACUUUCUCAUAGUAGUGACAGACUCUGGCUGGCUGCUGGAGCCUCAGGAGUUCACUGUGCCUGGAAACCAAAAUCACCUGGACAUCUGGGGCCUCAUCACAGGAAUAGGCUAUGAGGUCAGGCUGACUGGGGUGACAGAGUCAGGGCUGCUCUCUCGGCCUCUCAAUACAGUGGCUGUGACAGGUACCACUCAAUGCCAUGCAAGCCCACCCCCCUCUUCUUAAAAGAGCAGCUCUUCAACUACUGUAAACAUGAUCAUACUCUGAAGUGUCACCAUCACAACCUGGCAGGUCCAUCAAAAGUGUUACGCUUAAUUAUUUCUGCUUUUCAUGUAAUAAAUUGAAAUAUCUUAGAAUGAUUUUUAUCCCCUUCAGCAAUCCCUUUUUAGGCCAUUAAAGCCUCCAGUCCUGUUACCUGGUAACAAAAACAUGAUCUACCAUUUCCUGGAAAACCAUCAAACACCCCAUCAGACACAGAAGGUCCAGAGUAGGGCUGGGCGAUAUGGCCUAAAAUCAAUAUCAUGAUAUAUUGAGCAGUUCACCUCGAUAACGAUAAAUGGACAAUAACUACUCCACAAGCUGCUCACCCCCUCCCACAUUAACUUGGUCUACUUCAGCCGCCGCUCCAGUCGCUACAACUUUUGAACUGUCCUCCAUCUCCUCACCUGUCUUUCCCUCUUUCUCACGGACUGGAUGGGGUGGAAUCACUUCUCUGACGUAGGACUUUACCAAUAUGGGCAAAAUGAUGUCGGUUAUUGUCCUAAAUUUUGGUGUCUGUAAAUUUUUGGUUUAUCGCCCAGCCCUAGUCCAGAGGUGCCAAAAUAGUUUUCAACUCUUGUCAUCUUUUUGCUUUAAACUAUAGCGAAGUUUUUGGGCUGUGAACAUGGGUUGGUUCCACAACAGUUGUAAGAUUUCAGAAUCACAUAUUUUAUAGUUGUACAUGUUAAAGCUUUAACAGGAUCAUCAUUCAUCAUAAUUAUUCCUGCCAUGUUUUCGAUCGUGAUGCUUCAGGUCAGUAUUGUAACUUUAACCCUAACUUGAUUAAUUUCCCAGAACAAUCUCACUUUUCUUUAAGUUACAAGCUUUCUCGUCACUCGGAGGAAACUAUGCGGAGCUCUCAUGUGUUUCUUCCCACCUCCAAAAUAUGAGCAAGCAUAUUUGUUUGUUUUCAUAUUUUUGAAAUGUGUUUUCCUUCAAAUUUCUGAUGACAGAUUGGGAUGAUCAUGCUAUGUUUUUUCAUGCUGGUUUAUCAAUCAAUCCAGCCACAAAGUAGGAGACAUUAAAAAAAUAUAUCAGAUGUAGGAAAACACUGAAAAAUCAACAAGACAUAGAGAGCAUGACAUGUCUGUUGAUUUGAGCUCUAACCUUUUUCAUUUCGUUUCCUUUGAAUGUACUGAAUGCACUGAAGCUGACCUUGGGGACGAAUCUUGAAACCCCUACAGGAUCUUGGUCCCUUGGUCUGGAUAAACACUCAGAAAAAGCAUCUUGUCUCUUUAAUUAGACUCACGCCUUUGUAGUUCUUGUGUGUUUUCACUGGUUUUCACUAACCGACACCUGAGCAUGGUGGAUUGGAGGUAGUUGACUAAAAGACUUUCUCUCUACCACCUGGAUACCUUCCCGCCUGAUCGCUGACUUUCUUCAAACUGGCGUCUCUGGCCACCUCUCAGAAGUUCAUAAAUAUUGUCAAAAAAACGCGCCCAAUCCUGCAACAACAUUUUGUUUCCCUUGUCUAACCAGAGGCUGAGCCAGAGGUGGACCAUCUCUUUGUGUCAGACAUCACAGCAGACAGUUUCCGCCUGUCCUGGACGGCUGAUGACGACAUUUUCGACAGAUUUGUGAUCAAAAUAAGAGACAGCAAAAGAUUAGCCCAUCCUCAGGAGUACAGUGUCCGUGGAGAUGAACGCACCAAGGUCCUAACUGGACUCAUGGGUGGCACCGAGUAUGAAAUUGAGCUUUAUGGUGUCACAUUGGACCAGCGCUCCCAGCCUAUAACUGGGGUUGCUCAGACAGGUAUAUAAAACUCCAGCAGAGUGUGAAGUUUUAUACUAACUACUUGUUUCAGCUUUUUUGGUUUCUUGGUGUGGCGUCUGCUGUCAGAGAGCUGAACCCACAGUCCCACUAAUCAUCUUUAUCCCUCUGGUUUAGGCUUAACUCCAUGUCUGACUCUAAUGGAAAAUGGUCUUUGGGGAAACACAAUUUCAGGACUUUAAUUUGGGUCCUCUGAGUAAUUUUAUUGGACGUACUUGAAUUGCUUUGGUUCAACAUCUUUUUUUUUCUGCUUUUCUGUCUGUGCAUAUUUCCUUUUUUUACACUUUCUUAGGCCUGAGCACACCGAAGGGACUCACCUUCUCUGACGUGACUGAUUCCUCUGCUGUGGUUCACUGGUCCAUGCCUCGGUCUCCAGUAGACAACUACAGAAUCACAUAUGUGCCAUUCGAAGGAGGUAAGAGGUCAAUCGGCAUCUACAAUUGUAGAGGGUUUUUUUCUGAAAAAAGUCUCGUGGAUCUGUCAAACGAAAUGCUCACUGCACUUAUGGUCUGUAAGUGUGAAAAUAAUUUGUCUUUCCUUAUUUAUGUAUUUAUUUUAUGUAUCUUAUGUUAAAAUUAAGGUUCAAAACUGUAUUUUCCUGCAUAUUCAACCUGCUUCCUCUGCUAACUUCCUUAAAACUCACCUCCACCUCUUCUUUUUCUGCUGUUUCUAAUUAUAUACACGUUGUUUUUAUUGUCACUGAUCCUUGCUUUGUACCUUGGAGUCUUUGCUGCUGCUCUCCCUGCCUUGACGCUUUCAUGUUUGCAUAAGGGUAAAGGAAGGUGUCGUCUCCUGCCACCACUUAGGCUCCCUCUUUUCAUGCUGUCUGGUUUUAAUAGUGAUAUGGAUUGUCACUGAUGUCUGCUUGGGUUUUUUUCAGUAGGGGUCUUUGCUGCUGCUCUUCCUGCCUUUGCUUUUGAUGUAUACACAAGAAAGGGUGCAGAGGUGUGCGCUCCUCGCCUCCACUAGAGCUACCCCCUUUUAUGCUAUUUGAACUUACAUGUUUUAUAUGUAGAGUCACUGAUGCCUGCUUGGGUCUGAUCCACAGGGGUCUUUGCUGCUGCUCUUCCUGCCUUCGCUUUUGAUGUAUAUACAAGAAAGGGAGCGGAGGUGUGCUCUCCCUACCUCCACUCCACUUACAGGUGUUAAAUGUAUUGUGAAUGAUGCCUGCUCUCUUUUGUUUCCCCCUGGUCUUUGCUGCUGUUCCUACUGCAUGUGAAGAGAGUGUGCUCUCCCUGCUUUUUCACAUAUGCUCUUGUAAGGGCAGGAUGUUUUGUAGCUGUGCCACCAAAUAACACUUGAUGAAUGUAAAUAUAUAUUUUUAUAUUUUUUUGACUGAAAGGGGGUCCUGACUGGACCAACAUUUUUGCUGCUUGUCCCUGUUGACAUCUGUGUUAUUGCAAAAUGGAUUACGAUUGUUAUGCGGCUUUGACCAAUCAGAAUCAAGUACUUAACAAAGCCUCAUGAGUAGUGAGAAAGCUGGGUAACAAACCUCCUUACCUCAGGUUUAAAGCAAAAACUGAAUGUAUUUAAAUCAUUCAGAUUUAGCUAUCAAUCAUACUGUUUUAUGUUGUAUUUUAAUAUUUUUUUCCCCUUAGAAGGAUGAAAAUGUCACUCCACUGAUUGGUUGGUUAGCCCAACUGUAUCAGGAGUUUUUAGUCAUCCAGCUCCCUGGAGAGCCUUAUACACUGCUGUUUUAAAUUCAGGCGACAAAUAAAGUCACAAAAAUGUUAAUCUAAUUAAUUCUGUUUUCUCUCUUUUAUAGGAAGUCCGAUGUCCAUGACGGUAGAUGGCAGUGUUUUCCAAGCUUUACUGCCCGACAUGGUUCCCGGCAAAGUUUACCAAGUGACUGUGAGUGCAGUGAAAGGUCUGGAGGAAAGUGACCCCAGCACUGACACCGUGACCACAGGUCGGCCCUCUUCUCUCUCUAUUUAAACAUUUUAACCGAACACUUGUAACACCUGUGUCUGUUCUCCUCAUCUGUGAUAAUGUCGUGUUCGGUCCUUAGAAAACUGAAUUAAAACCAUGACACUGUUCCUGUUUGCGUCCUCUAGGUCUGGACAAACCUCAGGGCCUGACUGUGGCUAAUGUCACUGACACGUCAGCACUGCUACUAUGGCAACCGUCUGUUGCCACUGUGGAUGGCUACGUCAUCACUUACAGGAUUGAUUCAGGUGAGUUUCUGUCUGCGAAAUUUCAUUUGAUUGAUUCUUAAGGCAAAAUUAUGUAAACUCAAUUAUGUGUAUCACCGUCUCUUCCAUUCACUGGUGUGGAUUUGUUCUCCCCCUCAGUGUCCCCGAUGGUGGAGCAUGUUUCUGGAAACAUUGUGGAGUUUGAGAUGGACUCCCUGUUUCCAGCAACUCGAUACACAGUCGGAGUUCAUGCGAUGAGAGAAACGCUGAAGAGUGAAGCAGCUGUAACUGAAUUCACCACAGGUAUGCUCAAAUAGAUUUAAUCUCAUGUAUUUGCAGGUAAAGCUCUCGAAAUAGGAGAUAAAUCUACACUUUGAUGUUGUAUUUUUCAGAUGUGGACCCUCCUCGUGAUCUGACGGCGAUUAACAUCCAAACUGACAGUGCAACUCUCACCUGGAAACCUCCACAGGCCGCUGUCACUGGUUACACACUCACCUUUACCUCCUCUGAUGGAACAAUACGGGUACAGUCAGAUUUACAUCAGCACAUGUACUUGUGUUUUUUUCUUAUUUGAACCUGAAAAACUUGAUGGACCAAAAUAUGAUUGGUGGUCUUUCUCAAACUAUUUCAAUUUUUAAGUGUGUUUUAUUUCCAUGUAGCUUUUGCAAAACACCUUUGCAGACAUAAUGAAUUUGCUCUGCUGUGGUUUGUAUUGAUCAACACAGGGAGAUUAAAAAGAAAUAGAGAGCAAUAUAACAACUCUAAGGGCCUGUGUCCACUGACUGCGUUUUGUGUGCUGACAGCUUCAAAGCUCUUAAUUUCAGAGUACUUCUUUCCAGCGCUUACUGUUGGUGGAUUAUGAAAGUUGAGUUGUAGCACUGAAGUUUCCCCUCGAAGUGACCAUUGAAGCAGAUGAACAGAGUUUUCAUUUCUGUUGAUUUUGGCGGCCACUAUGGGCAAGAGCGUUGUAUUCGCACGUAUUAUUGUCAUAAAGACACUUGGCUCGCAUGUCAGGGCUCCAGAAACUAACUUUUUUGUGAGCAGUUUGUCGUGAUAUGUUCGUGGUUUUAUUGGAGUGCAUUCUGUGUAUUUCCCCUAGUGUUCUUGUUUCCCUGUAGUCUUGUGAGUUUUCAGUUUGUGUCUGACCCCGUUUCCCUCAUGUUCUCAGUGUUUUAUUCUUUAGAUCAGAUUUUUAGUACUUCCUGUUUUAUUUUGUAGUGGUCCAUAUUUGUGUGUAUCAUCUUGCUUUACUUCCUCAGUUUUCCCUCCUCUGUAAUUGCCUGCACCUGUGUCUCAGUGUCUCACCUGUUGCUUGUUUCCCUGUGUGUGUAUAUAGUCCCUGUCUUCCCCUUGUUUCUUUGUUUGUUCAUUGUGGGUGCAUGUCUGCCUGUUCCCUGUGAUCUCUGGUAUUUGAGUCCCUAGUGCCUUUAGUUGGAUUUUGCUGUUUGGAUUUUUUGGUUGGACAUUUUAAACUAAGUUUUUGUCUGUUUUCAUUUUGUUCUUUUUAAAUAAAUCCUUUUUUUGUCUGCAUGUUGGGUCCUUUCCCUUUUGUUUCACCCUGGCUCGUGAGACAGUUUGAGGCAACUUACUUUGUAAAUGUAUUUAAAAUGGGAAGCGAGUCUCAGUCAGCCCACCGCGGACAGUGAGACAGACAUGGAACAGCAGGACUACUGAGGUUAGUGACACCGAGCUGCUCCACCUGUCUGUCUCCGGUGUGGAGGCGCUUCUCUCUCCGCGGCUGCAGCUGUAGCAUGACACGGUGCUCCCGUUUUCACUACCUAGAAAUAGCUUAUCUUCACGCAGGUGGGCUCAUUCGCUGUUGCGGUAGACAAGGAGACAUGAGCAGAAACGAGAGAUGUUUUGAAAUCUAGAUAAAAGCUCUUUAUAGGAUGUUAAACUCUGUAUUGUAUGCUUCACAGUUGCUUUUGUUCAAUGAAUUUUCAUGAUGAAAACAAAAAUUGCAGUGAAUAAAAAUCAUGACACAGCUGUAAAUAUCACCUUAAAUAGACAAGUGUGGUUGGCUCCUCUCUUGAACAGACCUCUGCCAUGUCGUUGACAAGGUUGAAAUCAAAAAUACAACUCCUUCUUGAGUGACCGGUUGGUAAGGGAGUAGUUCCAUUGUCGAGGUUGGAUGUUGUUCCAAAAGUUGAAUAACUUUCAGGUGAACAUACUGUGAGCACCAGAAAACCCUUGAAUCUGAGAGCGAUGUUGCACCAAAGAUGCUAAGAACUGACAAUGAUCUGCAUUGGUUUUGUUUGGAAAUUAGAUCCGCUGCUGUUGGUGGAAACAGGCCCUUAGCUACGACUGAUCGAUCACUUAACACUGAAUUAGCAAGAUAUUAUCUAAUGGAUGUGCAAAAGUCUGGAGUAUGAAAAACAGGGACAGCUUAGUGUCUCUUCUAGUGGUUUACCAACAACUGUCAGCUGAACUCCAGUCCCAAAAAAUGCUGUUAGUGGAAACAGGCCCUUAGCUACGAUGGCUCAAUCACUUUGCACUGAAUAAUCGAGAUUUUCUAAUCAGUGUGCAAAAGUUUAGAGCUUAGUCUUUUCUGGUGGUUUACCAACAACUGUAGGGAAGUUUCUGUAAAAUCAGAUGUUGUUUUAAUUGGGAAAUGGUAAAGAGUUGUGAAAAAUGUGCACAUGUAUUUAUGUUCCUGCCGUUUUUAACUGUUUUGUGUUUUUAUGUAUUCAUUUAGGAGGUGGUGUUAAGCCCCACAGCCUCCUCUUACAGCAUGGCUCAGCUGAGCGGCUCCACAGAGUACACUGUCAGACUGCAGGCCAUCGCUGGCGCUCAGAGGAGUCGUCACGUUAACACUGUCUUCACCACCAGUACGGAUGAUUGUUUGUUUUAUAUUUGUGUGUGUCUCCAGCUUGUAGACUUUAUGGUUCUUAAAGUUCCAGUCGUUGGUUACGCAACAGCCCAGAUGCACAUUUGAAAGAUUUCGUCUGGCUUAAAUUUCUCCCUUUUAAUGUAAUAUUCCACCUGUGCUUAUUUUUCAUUCUGUCUGGGUUUUUUAAGUGGAAAAAACGUUUCUUCUUUCCACGUCUCUCAAAGAUAUUUUUAUAUAACAGCGAGGAAGAUAAAGCACCUGUGUCGUCUGAGCUUUGCGAGUUGAUGUCUUUUUAAUGUGUGCUUCUAGUUGGACAGCUGUACAGACGGCCAAAGGACUGCGCUCAGAUUUUACUGAACGGAGAGACGACCUCGGGUCUGUACACCAUCUAUGUGGCGGGAGAGGAGACGCAGCCCAUUCAGGUUUACUGUGACAUGACCACAGAUGGCGGGGGAUGGCUGGUGAGUAAAUGAGAUCACUGGAGUCCAAUUAAAGGUCGUUUUGGGAAUCAGAGUUAUGCAACCUUUUUGAAAUGCAGCAAAAAGGUGACCUCACCUGGGCUUGUUAGGAUCGGUUAAAAAAACGCUGUGACACUCAUGACGGUCAUCCCUCUUCAGGUUUUCCUGCGGCGCCAGAAUGGAAAGCUGGAUUUCUACAGGAACUGGAAGAACUACACGGCUGGCUUCGGCAACAUGAAUAAUGAGUUCUGGCUGGGUGAGAGCAUCUGUCCCCUCUUCAUAUUCCUCCCUCUCUCUGUUACUCCUCACUAACUCACCCAUAUCAUAUUAUUACAGGUCUCUCCAACCUCCAUAAAAUCACAAACUCUGGGCAUUAUGAGCUGCGAGUAGACAUGAGGGAUAAAGGGGAAUCGGCCUACGCUCAGUACGACAAGCUGACGAUCGCAGAGCCAAGGACACGUUAUAAAAUCUACAUUGGAGCGUACAGUGGAACAGCAGGUAGGUACAACUACAAAGGAUCAGUUUGACAUUUUGGGAGCGACACCUGACUCUGUUUUUUGCCGGCAGAUAUGACAAUAAAAGUGAACUUCUAGGUAAGAGUGAGUAGCCAAUCAGCUUAGCACAAAGAUGAGAGAAGGGGAAGCAGCAAACCUAGAAUUGGUCUAAGUAAGCAUUUCAAACAAACCGCUCACUAAAUUAUUCAUUCAGAUUUUACAUUUAAGGUGCAAAAACAACAGUACAAGCCAUGCUACAAAAUUUAUAUGAGCCAUCAAUCCCCAAAUGGCUGAUUUUACAACUUUACCAAAGUGAAUCAAUCUGAUAAAAUAUGAUAAGAGCUUCGUGGUGCUCUGAGCACUGUCUUCAAAAACUUCUCCAAACUGCAUUGAAUGAAGUUUGAAAGAUCUUGCACGUUUCUUGGGACUGACCUUAUUUCUUUUCCCUCCAAACAGGUCUGUAGUUUCCUUCUGUUUCUAGUAUCUUCACCUGCUGCUUCACACAAAAACAUGGCAGUGAUGUCAAUAUUUCCCAGACUCUUAAAAGCUUUAAACUUCACUUUACCCAGUGUAAUUUUAACUAAAGAUGCUCACGGUCACUUGUACAGACCUGUUAAAGCCGGUAAUGUCUUUCCAGGUGACUCCAUGACUUACCACCAGGGUCGCCCCUUCUCCACCUACGACAAUGACAACGAUAUCGCCGUCACCAACUGCGCCUUGUCCUACAAAGGCGCCUUUUGGUAUAAAAACUGCCACCGGGUCAAUCUUAUGGGGAAAUAUGGAGACAACAGUCACAGUAAGGUACGUACGAGGAGUCACAUCUCUGAUUGGAAAAACUCUGUUUUGUUCAGUGAAAGCUAACUCUUCCUACAGUUUUAAUCACUCGUGGUUGAUUGGCUUUAUUCAUCAGUUGCAGGGACACUUAAAAGGAAACUUCAUCGGAAAUUGAUUCUCAUUAAUACUAAUCCUGUGUUGCUGUUUUUCAUUUGGAGCGUUAUACAAUGUUGAAAUGUGUCUAUUUUACACCAGCGUGUUAGAUGUAUGUGCUGAUUUGUACAUAAAACUAACAUAUACAAACAUUAUCAGACAGUAAUUCUUUGUUGGUGGAGCUAUUUUUCACUUUCUUAGGAGAAAUCACUGUGAUAAAACACACUUAAUUGGCUUUUGUAGCCCACUAAUUGCUCUUUAUUCAUUCUGUUUAAUGAAUCUUAUACGCUAAAGUUAAAAAUGUAAAUUAAAUCUAAAUUCCUUCUUAGUAUAUAUUCAAUUUUAACCACAUGUAUUCUUUGAUAUUUAACAAACAUUAGACUAAUCCGCCUCCAGUGCUCCUCACUCUGCCUGUCUUUACCUCAACCCUGAUUUCGCAGCUUUGUUGUGAGAGAGGAGUAUCAGAUUUUUCCAGAAAGCUGUUCCCUCUGCGUGUGAACGGUUAGAUAUUUGCUGUAAGACGAGACUACUCUGACGUGUUUUAGAAAUCUCACCCUUUGAGCCUCUUUCCCAUGACUUGCGUCUUUUCUUGGUUCUCCACAGGGAAUCAACUGGUUCCACUGGAAGGGCCACGAGCACUCGAUUGAGUUUGCAGAGAUGAAGAUGCGGCCGGCCAACUUCAGGAAUUUUGAGAGCAGAAAAAAGCGAUCGUAG